CACAAUUCAGCCACCGGUUGCGAAUCUGCGCUGACGCAGCAAGACAAGGAAGCCAGCCACGCUCGAUCUGAAUAGCACCUGCCUAGAAUUUACCAAGUGUCGGGUUCAAAGCAUGGACUACGUCAUUGCUCAGCUCUACAUGAUUAUUUGGCAUGUGCCCGGGUCAAAAUUUUCCCGCGCAACCCAACCUCCCCAAGGCACAUCCGCAAAAUCUACACUAGUGGACAGCCGUUCGUUGGGAAGGGGGAACGGCGAUUUGCCCCGGCUAGGCAGCGUAGACUAAGGCGGCGGUUAUGGAUCUCACAGCAGACAUAUUCAAAUUUUGUUUGGGCUAUGCUUCCGGCGACUUGUACAGAUAUCUGUGGAUGCAUCCAGCUUGGGUCUCCAUGAAGAGAACUGCUCCAGAACCCUUUCAUUUUAACUGCAUCCCUCCUCAGUGUGUCAAGGUUUGUUCCAAUAUAGCGAAUUUGGGACUGAGGGUAUUUAGUAUGUAACAGUUAAAAGACUGAAGCACUUCCCCCACUUCCUUUCGGAGUCCGUGAGUCGCGCUUCCAUCAGGUUUGUCCAUCAAAAGAUUCGGUUGACGGAGGUAUCCGUCUCCCGAUUCCAAAUUUUCGGCGGCUGUGCCUCUCUACCUACGUCGAGGGUUUAAUAUUAUCACAUCAUCACUACCUGGCAUCGAUCACCCAGCCGCCAAACAAGGUACGAGGUGCAUGACUGUGUGUCCAUGGAAGAGGCGGAAAUUCCACAAGGCCACGACUUGCGACACACUUUUGACAGGUAUGAUAACUUCCCAAGGAAGACGAUAUCCGAGCUAGGGGGUUCUACCCCUCUCAAGUGUGUACUGGAUUCGGGGUGGGUGGGGCAAGAGGAGACGGGGAGAAAAGAAGAAAAAUCGUCCCCGAUACAGUUGAAUUGAAAGUCCAAGUUCCCUUCUCCCUUCCCAGAGGUGAUCCGAAUACCCACACCACACCACAGCUCGUUGCAAAAUGCCUCACAGAUCUGUGUGGGUUAUUUUCACGACGGGGUGGGGUUUGAAGAGGGGAUGGACGUACGUCUUACUCUCGCCAAGGAGGGCGGUGUAAUAUACUGCCAAGCACGGACGAGGGACCAAUAUCCUGCGCUCAUCAAAAACGACGAAUCAAUCUGCCUCGAACGGGGCGUAUGGAAAAAUAGAUAUGGAUGGGAUAUAGAAUCGCUGCCGUGAAUGUUCAAACAGUGCGACCGCAACCAAGGAAAGGGGUGUUAGCGUUUAUAUCAUAAGAGAUUGCUGACCUCCUGUCUGUGUCUGUUGGAGGGUAGGAUCCCGUCUCGAGCAACAAGCCCCUCCCGCACAACGCCAAUUGGCGGGACAAAAUACGACCAAAGGAGAGAGCGCUUGAGAAAGCGUCAGGUAACCUUGAAAACUUUCACAAAAGAUCUGCCAGAGCUAAAAUGGAAGCAGGCUCCGUGGGGUGUGCAGAAAGAGCGCCAGAAGGUUUUUGGAGAGCUUUUGAGGCUGCAAUACAAAGUUGGCUUAGUCAGCACCCGUGGACUCCUGCCAAACCUACCUCGGGAAGUUACCGCGAGCCAAUCACAGCGGCGAAAUAGCCUGCAGCGUUGAAGCAGCAAUAACUGGAUCUGGGAUCUUCUGCGGCCAUUGUGUUUGCUCGCUUGAAGCUUGUUGAAGGGAACCACCGAUCAUCAAAUAUGGACUGCGGCGCCUAUAUUGCGACGUUUGUAGUGUCAGCCGGACGGGCGAAUGGCCUCCUUCCCCUCGCAGGUGAUUUUUCCAUGGCGGCGGCGUCGUUGUCUAACCCCUACAGGGGGCACCAAGAAGCACAGCCCCGAUACUAUUCCAUCAGUCCCCACACCAGCCCGUUCCACGAAGAAACUCAAGCCAGGCUAGACAGACUGGACACAGGAACUUCGCCUUCUUGUUGGUUUUGCCUUUUGUAUUUUAUAAUUAACACGAGUUCGCUGUGAAUGUAAGACUAUUUUUUGUUCAUAUUUUCGCGACCUCGUCAAUCACACAUCCCUUGUUCAACUUAUUCAAUUUUUCUGAAUCUUCUUUCAUAACCACCUGGCUACUACUGUCUGCUCAAGGAGGACCGUAUAGAGACCUCCUUUUCGCCUGUGGUUUUUUCAGCCACCGCGCCCAAUGGCGAACGACAAUAAUAGAUUGUUGGCUCCCCCAGUACUCAUCAAUACUUCGCUAUCCAACACAUCAACUUCAGAUUCGAGUUUCAAUGAGGAUGCUAUCUCGAUAGAUCGACCCACUACACGGAAUAACGAUGGCUCAUUCCUCAUCCCUAACAGUCCCGGCUCUGUGGACGGCGAAACCCUUCGUUCACGUUCCGGCUCGUUUAUCUCAAAUGUAGAGACUCUGAGAUCUAGAGCUGGGUCUACGGCCCACUCGCAUUCGCCAGAGAAAGGGGGGGCAGAUUACGAUGACGUCCCAUUAUCAGAAGCUCUUAAUCCAGAUCUGCGAAAUAUCGCAGACUUCCAAGUGGAGAAUAACCCUUUCGCCUUUUCGCCCGGUCAGCUGAAUAAAAUGUUAAAUCCCAAGUCUCUCAAAGCAUUUGUAGCUCUCGGAGGCCUGUGGGGCUUGGAGCGCGGAUUACGAACGGAUUUGACGGCGGGCUUGUCGAUCGAUGAAAGCAGGCUGGAAGGGACCGUUUCUUUUGAAGAAGCCACCAAACAAUCUUCUUCGAGUAAAUAUCCAGAGACGAAGCAGGAAUUGACGAAAAUGCCUACGGAGUCUGGUUUCUCGGUUCAAUCACAGUUUACAGAUCGGCUGCGGGUCUAUCAGUCCAAUAAACUACCGGAAAGACAGGCGGACGGGUUUUUGAUUCUUCUCUGGAGGGCUUAUAAUGAUAAAAUCAUUAUUCUACUCACCAUUGCCGCUGUUGUAUCCCUCACUCUGGGCCUCUACGAGACGUUUAGCGGAGGAUCGCAGGUUGACUGGAUCGAGGGUGUUGCCAUUUGCGUUGCCAUUUUAAUCGUCACGCUUGUCACGGCUGCGAAUGAUUGGCAAAAGGAACGACAGUUUGUCAAACUGAACAGGAGGAAAAAUGACCGCCAAGUCAAAGUUAUCCGUUCAGGGAAAUCAGUCAUGAUCUCAAUUCACGACAUCACAGUGGGCGAUGUCCUCCACCUGGAACCGGGUGAUGCGAUCCCCGCGGAUGGCGUUUUCCUUACUGGUCAUGGUGUAAAAUGCGACGAAUCAUCUGCCACUGGAGAAUCGGACCAAAUGAAGAAAACCCCCGGAAACGAGGUGUGGCAGCGUAUCAUGGAUGGGACAGCUACAAAGAAACUCGACCCGUUUAUUAUUUCUGGAAGCAAGGUUCUUGAAGGCGUCGGUACCUAUCUCGUCACCAGCGUUGGACCCAAUUCUACCUACGGCAAAAUCAUGAUGUCGCUGCAAACUUCGAACGAUCCCACCCCUCUCCAAGUUAAGCUUGGGAGACUUGCCAAUUGGAUUGGUGGUCUUGGAACUGCUGCGGCUGUUACCUUGUUUAUGGUUCUUCUCAUUCGCUUCCUUGUCCAGCUCCCUGAUAAUCCAGGAACUGCGGCGCACAAGAGCAGAGAAUUCCUACAUAUUUUAAUAGUCGCAGUCACAGUAAUUGUUGUCGCAAUCCCAGAGGGCCUUCCGUUGGCUGUCACCUUAGCCCUGGCAUUCGCCACCAAGCGCAUGGUCAAGGAAAACAACCUUGUCCGCAUCCUGCGCGCCUGCGAAACAAUGGGAAACGCAACUGUUAUUUGCUCCGACAAGACUGGUACUCUCACUCAGAACAAGAUGACGGUUGUGGCAGGAACUGUCGGCGUCGAUACUAGUUUCAACCAGGUUUCGGAGGAUGGCGAAGGAUUUUCGAACAUGGCGGAGAAGCUAAAGAACUUUCCUGCUCCAAUUAGGAGUCUUCUCGUCAAAGGCAUUGCUCUCAACUCGACUGCUUUCGAAGGCGAAGAAAACGGGCAACGAGUCUUUAUCGGAAGCAAAACAGAGGUUGCCAUGCUAAACCUUGCGCAGAACUACCUUGGGCUGGUGAAUGUGGCUGAGGAGCGUUCCAAUGCCGAAGUUGUUCAGCUCAUUCCUUUCGACUCUGCGCGCAAGUGUAUGGGUGUCGUCGUCCGCCAGCCAUCCGGAGAAUAUCGCCUUCACGUCAAGGGCGCUGCAGAAAUACUACUUGGACAAUCCAGCAAGGUAAUCUCGAUCACUUCGGAUAGUCAUUACUCUUUGGAAACCCUCUCGGAGAGCUCGCGGAAUAUGGUUCUUGACACCAUCGACAUGUACUCCAAGCGUUCUCUUCGUAACAUCGGCAUGGUGUACAAAGAUUUCGAAUCGUGGCCACCAGCAGGUGCGAAGACUAUGGAGGAUGAGCGUUCCAUGGCUGACUUCAAUGAUAUCUUUCAUGACAUGAACUGGGUUGGUGUUGUUGGUAUUCAAGACCCUCUGAGACCUGAGGUUCCGGCUGCUAUUCAGAAAUGCAAUAUGGCCGGAGUUUCCGUGAAAAUGGUUACAGGUGACAAUAUUACGACGGCCAUUGCUAUCGCCACGGAAUGCGGCAUCAAAACUCCCGAAGGUAUCGCCAUGGAAGGACCCAAAUUUCGGCAACUCUCGGAUGAGGAGAUGGAUAGAAUCCUUCCAAAUCUGCAAGUCCUAGCUCGUUCUUCUCCAGAAGACAAGCGAAUCCUGGUUGCUCGACUGAAGCAUCUCGGGGAGACUGUCGCUGUUACUGGCGAUGGAACUAACGACGGACCGGCUCUUAAGACCGCUGAUGUGGGAUUUUCCAUGGGCAUUGCUGGUACGGAGGUUGCCAAAGAAGCCAGUUCGAUUAUUCUGUUGGACGACAACUUUAAAUCCAUUGUCACUGCCAUCGCCUGGGGACGAGCGGUAAACGACGCCGUUGCAAAGUUCCUUCAGUUCCAAAUUACCGUCAACAUUACUGCCGUUUUCCUGACAUUCGUGUCCGCCGUCUCAAACAGCAAUAACGAGAGUGUAUUGAAACCGGUACAACUGCUAUGGGUUAAUCUCAUCAUGGACACCUUCGCUGCAUUGGCACUCGCUACUGAUGCUCCCACAGAGAAAAUCCUAGAACGAAAACCCACCCCAAAAUCCGCCCCCCUCUUCACAACAACAAUGUGGAAAAUGAUCAUCGGACAAACCAUCUACCAGCUCGCCGUGACUUACACUCUCUACUUCGGCGGUGCCCGCAUCUUUAACUACGACCUGAGCGACCAAGUCGUUAAGGAGAAACUGAACACAGUUGUCUUCAACACCUUUGUCUGGAUGCAGAUUUUCAAUGAAUUCAACAACCGCCGCCUCGAUAACAAGUUCAAUAUCUUCGAGGGCAUCCUUAAAAACUACUACUUCAUCGGCAUUAAUUGCCUCAUGUUCGGUGGGCAAAUCAUGAUCAUCUUCGUCGGCGGUUCUGCACUUUCCGUGCGACCCAUCGAUGGCAUCCAGUGGCUCAUUUGUAUCCUCUGCGCAAUCAUGUGCAUACCAUUUGCCGUCCUUAUUCGCUGCUUCCCCGACCCGUGGUUCAAGGUCAUGUUCGAUGCUGUCGUGAACACCAUAUCUACCAUCUGGAGACCUAUUAGCAAGGGCCUCAGCAUCGUAUUUUCUCCUGUUGGUAAGGGAUUCCGUGCCAUCGGCCGUUUCUUCUCACGGAUGUCGUCGAAAAUCUCUGGACAGAGCCCUCCGGCGGCUGAAAGGAAGCAAGACGAAGAGGCUGCUGAUGAUUCGGAAGCCAAGGAGGCCCCUCCCACAGCCGCAUCGAAUGUCCCUGUUCCUGCGAUCACGUUGUCCGGUAGCUAAGCCCUCAUUGAUUCCCCCUCCUUUCGUUCGUUUUACGUUGCAAUACUGGGUGAUUAUUUGUAUUAUUUAGCGUGGCCUGUAUGAUUAUUCGGCUGGAUAUUGUCGUUUAUUUUCUGUGUUAUAGAUAUCUCUCAUUGCAUAGCGGCGGCGCUUUUGGGAUCCCUUACCUAUUCUGGCGUUCCUUUUGCUCAAUUCGCAUGGGCAUUCGUUCCGGGUAGUGUUUUUCCCCAAGUUCUGGUUUGAAAGGCUUUGGGAUAAUUUAGAGAAACAAAUAUAAAAAAUAUUAUCAUUAAUAAGUUCAUGGAACGUACACCGAUUGGAGUAUGACAUGAUGAUUUUCAUUUCAAUCUCACCGAUAA